AUGUCCUCCUCCUGUUCUUUUGUGGCUGACUUCUUUUCCACCGCUCUUCUAGUUUCAGCUGUCUCCUGUUCCUAUGCUGAUAGAAUUGUGGGUGGUUACGAGUGUGUCCCUCACACACAUGACCUGUCCAUCAAUGAAGGCUCCAGGCAGUCUCCGAGGGUGGUCAAGACUAUCCAGCACCCCGGCUUUGAUUACAGGACCACGGACAACGACAACAUGCUAAUCAAAGUGAGUCCUCCGGUCCAGUUCAACGAGGAGGUCCAGCCAAUCCGACUGCCCAGCUCCUGCGCCAGCGAUGGCACCCAACGCAUUGCCUCUGGGUGGGGCAGCAUGAUGAAUGGCGAGGAACAGUUCCCUGAUCGUCUGCAAUGUCUCGAGGUCCCAAUCCUCUCGGACACUGAAUGUGGGAGCAGCUACAAGGACUCAAUCACCCCCAACAUGUUCUGUGCCGGAUUCCUGGAAGGGGGAAAGGAAACAUGUCAGGCCGACUCAGGUGGGCCUCUGGUCUGUGCUGGGGAGCAACAAGGCCUCGUCUCCUGGGGCUUCGAGUGCGGUCACCCUGGUUACCCUGGCGUCUACACCAAGCUCUGCAACUACAUUAGAGAUAAAAACAAAAACAUAGAUAUGCAUCGCAGAGUCCAAAACCCGGACUCCAGCUCAUUAGUCUCUGAGCUGGAGUUCCUCGAGCUGCGGACACUCACGAUGCAUCGCAGAGUCCAAAACCUGGACUCCAGCUCAUUAGUCUCUGAGCUGGAGUUCCUCGAGCUGCGGACACUCACAAUGCAUCACAGAGUCCAAAGCCUAGACUCCAGCUCAUUAGUCUCUGAGCUGGAGUUCCUCGAGCUGCGGACACUCACGGUAGAUGUGUCACACAGGGACCCUCCAUCCCUUGUGGGCUGCACCUUUUUGCCUCUUCACAUCCCCGCCAAGCACCUCGGUAUGGGAGGGACGUUUUACUUUGUCCAAGGCGCUAUCGGAAUGCAAGAUUUUGUCAUAACUGGCGUGUGUGGUGGACGUGUCUAG